CAUCAUCUUUCAUCAGUCGCGGUUUUAGUGUUGUAUGAGUGUGACAGUAGUCACGACAGAAAAAGUGAAAAUUUUUCUUUACUGCACUCGGAAAAUAUGCACUAAAUUGUGCAAUUUUUCCGUUCCGUUCUUGUGCGAAACCGAGUGCAUUAUGGUGCGAUAGCUUCGGCCCGGCUAGGCGUGUGAAAUAGUCGUGAAAUUGUGUGCACUAGUUAGAACGGUGAAGUGUUCCGGAGGAAAAAAAAAGAUCCGCGGAGGAGUUUUCCCCCAGAGCGAGAAGUGCGAAUCAAAAGGAAAAAAAAAACGUAUCAUUGACCCCUUCCCGUCUCGGUACCAUUUUCCGUUUUGUGGGAGCCCGAAGAGGAGGAGCAGCAGGAGGAAAGGUUGUCCGCGGAAUCGCCGAUAUUUGGACUAGGAAAAGCUUUAAAAAGGAGAACAGGACGAUAAUUGUCCAAAACACUCCACGCGGUAGGAUUCGAUACCGAACAUGGAAUCAGCUGAACCCGAUGCCCCGCAGGCAUCUACUUCGGCGGCAACAAUGGCCCCGUCAACCUCCAGUGGUGGCCGAAAGCGUAAGCUUUCCGCCGACGAAUGCACCAGUGAGCAGCCGAACAUGAAGAUCCUCUCGGUUGAGCUGUCCGACAUUGAGCUGCAGGUAUCGCUGAUGGACCUCAGCGACGAAAUUCUCAUGGAAAUCUUCCUCAAUCUGGAUAGCAACAGUUUGGUCGCCCUGUCCGAGUGCUGUCUGCGUCUAAACAAUCUGGUCAAGGACAAGAAGCUCUGGGUUUCGGCCGAUUUCAGCUCGUCCCGGUUGGGCACCCAGGAACUGCAACGAAAAAUCAAACACCUACAGGCGGAAACCCGUUCGCUCAAGAUACGAGGCCUGACCAGUUUGUAUCCGCUGGAUAAGUGGAAAACCCCGACGCUAACGGCGAAUCUGCUCAUGUGGAUCAACAAGUACUGUCCCCAGUUGGAACACUUCGAGAUCAACGAGGGCUAUUUUGAUACCAACAACAUGGCCAUUAUUUCGUUUCCUCCGAGCAUACGAACCUUGGUGUUCCGGAAAUGCGAGGCGGACCGGUCGAUGGCGUCCGAAAUUAGGAUGGGUUUCCUUUCGAAGAUCGAUAGAACUUUGCAAAAGUUGGAAGAAUUAACGAUAGAAUACUGCAGUUGGUUCGACACGCACGAUUUUAUGGCACUGUCCAAGGUGCCACAUUUGCGCUAUCUGAGUUUGCGUGGUUGCGCCAAUAUGAAGGAUAGUGUCCCGUACGCUAGCAUUGCAACUCGAUUUGGUUUUAAGAAAUUACAGGUUUUAGAUCUUCGCGACACCCCCAUAUCGGAUUCCGACGUGAGCUGCUUCAACAUAGUUCAAUCGCUGAAGGAGCUCUUGCUGGAAUGUCCGGAGUACCUUCGGACCGAACGUGGUUUGAAUGAGUACAACGAAGCCGAACGGCAGCGCGUGGAACAGUUGCGAAGAAUAGCCAAUCAGGACAUUAUCAAUAUCCGCUAUCAGCCGGGCCCGGAUGUGGCCGCCAACCAGCAGGACAAUGCUCAACAAGCGGAAGAGAAUGUAGCGGAACCGGUUCCGCCGCCGCGUCCCCCCAGGCCACAUUUCCUAGGCGAGGGCCGAAACGUGUUCCGUUUCGUCAAUCGACAUUUCUUCCCGAACUUGUACGAAAAUGCAGGCGAGAAUCUAAUUCGUUUCAUAAACCGUGCCGAGUUGGAUCCUGCCGCUGCCGGAGGGAAUCAACCAGAUCAGCAACAACCACAGCCAAACAACAAUAAUGAAGCCCCAGCGGCGGCAGCUCCUCCGGCAGGCAACGAAGAACCAGCACGACCACCGCCUCCUGUCGCCCCACUGCCCCCAGUGCCGGAGAAUCCGGAAAUUCGCCAACGUCAUGUGCGAAUCGUGUACAACAGACACAACAUCAUCCGGAUCGUGAACCAUCCGGAGCGGAACAAUAACGUAGAGAAUAACAACAAUGAGCAGCAGCAACAGAAUCAGCAACCGAUUGGGCGACUUCCGGUUGAGGUAGCUUAUCAGCAAAUCUUCGAAGCAGGCAAUAGGGAUCGUGUAGAAAAUGGACCAGUUGCAGUCGCGGCAGCGGCCCCACAAGCCGAAGGGCCUGCCCAAGCGGAACCAAGACCAGUAGUAGCACCAGCAGCAGUAAUAGUAGCAAAUGGGCCAGUGCCGGAAGCGGAAGACAAUGCCAAUGGAAACGAGAACCAAAACGGUGAGAAUGGGGAACGACUUGCACCGGCUGCGGCGGCGCCUGAAGCGAGAGAACCGCCUCCACUACAGCCACAGGAAGAUGUCAAUGUUCGUGUCAUUCUGCAUGGGGCCAUACAGAACAACCAACCGAGGAUGAUGCCACACGUGAUCAUCGUCCGAGGGGAGAACAAUCCCGCAGGAGGAGCAGGUGAGGCAGCCGAUAACAAUCAGCAACGACCGGCGAACGCAUUCUACCAGUAUCUUAACCUAGGUCCAGGCGCUCCCGGACCGAACUACGUCUCGCUGGUCAGCGAUCGCGGCGUUUGCGCGUACGGCGUUUCACGGCACGAACUGGCCGGGGCGGCCUUCAUCCGCGAGUACUUCCGGCCGAACAACACCAGCCUGGAGCGACUGUUCGUGCGGAACUACAAACUGGUUACCGAUACCUCGUUGGACCACCUCGAAUCGGCAGCACCGCACCUGAAGCUACUGGACGUCACCGGCACCUCGGUCACGGCGCAGGGCGUCCGUAGGUUCCACCUGGCUCGACCUAACUGUACCAUACUUUCGGACUUUGAAUAGACUCUAGUGUGUUAACUUAGAUUGUAAAACGUGAAAGCAGCAGGGUAGGACACUGUGCGUAUUCGUUUUAGAGAAGACAAUUUAUAUUGAUCUGAACCCCCUAUUGAAAAAUUAUUUAAAAGUGAAUUUUAUGGACUAAGUUAUUGGAUUCAAAAAAGGAAGUGAAAUUUCCGGACAAAUGACCGUAUUCAAAAUUUACUUUUAAGCAAACUACAAAUCAUUUUUAUGACUAUAGGAAGAACAUUUUUUAUUUUAACUAUAUUUUUUAUUUUACAAAAAAAUCCAACUUAUACAUGAAAUACGCCACUAAAUUAUCCUAGAAU